GGUAACGGUCAGAGAGUAUUAGGGAGAGUGGAAGGUGACCGUACACGCUACUAGUAGCGCACUCUGGUGGGUCGUUCCCUUUUUAAAAUAUAUAUGUAUAAUGUUUUGAAUGUACUGUAUGUAUUUGUGCUCAACUGUUUGUGCUUUGUUGUGCUUGUUUGCAAACAGUUGGAGAAGCGUGAUUUACAAAUUUUAUGCAAAAAUGUUAUAUUGUAGUGUAGAAAAUUGCAAAAAUGGGACAUAUACGAAAAUGUGCCAAGGAUUUUCAUCGUUUAGGUUACCAAAAUCUAAUUCAACUCGAAGAAAAUGGCUCAAAUUCGCUGGGGUUAAAGAAACUACAAAGUUUCGAAUCUGCGCGGAACAUUUCGACAAAAAAUGUUUUAAAACAUUUCAUCCCAGGCCCUUAUUGAAGCCAGAUGCAAUUCCAACUUUGCACAAGGGAAAGAAGUGCACCGCAGGGCGAAGUAGCAAGGUAAGCAGCGAGAAAGAAAUUGUCAAUAUUGCUACAACUAUUGGCACUCAAACUGAGGAAAAUAAAAGUGACUGCACCAGUGAGCAGUUAAAUAUUUCGAAAACGCCAGCCUCAACGAUGAAUGGAGAAAAUAUGGUGUCACAAGUUGAACUUGCUUGUAGUAAAGUUCGAAAUAUAACAAUAACUGAGACCAACGCCGUAGGGUUAAUUUCUCCUUCUACCCAUCCUUCAAUCUACUUCGGAUCACCAAUUUCAUCAAAAGAUAAAUGCGCGGAAACAUGUUUGUCAUUAAAGAAAUGCAGUACUAGCAAAAAUUUAUUACCUCUUUUUUACACAAGCAGUCCUCAAUCACAUUCCAGACAAAGUGAAAUGACACAUAAUUUAAUGGAAGAUACAAGUUCAUUGUCUCCAGUAACUUCAACCACAACACAUCCUAAUGUCACAACAGUUACUACACCGUCAGGUCGUUGCAACGUGAAUGAAUCCGUCACCACACCUUCCAGAGAAAAUAACGUCGCGAAAGUUGUUAAUACACCUUCUGGACAAAGUUCAAUUUCUAAUGGUUUUUUUACUCCUUCAAGACAAAAUUCAGUUAGAGAUGUUUUUAAUACACAAAGUGGGUCAUGUGAAGUUAUGAACGCUGGAGAGACUUCAAAUAAAGGUAUAUCAAAUUUAAUCUAUGCUAUAUUAUCUAUGCUAUAUUUAUCACCUAGAAAUUAUAAAUUGUUGAGAAACAUUUGUAGUUUACCAUCUGAACGAACUCUGCGAGAGUACCAACGUAGAGUUCCUGUUUCCCCUGGCUUCAAUAAAACCAUUAUGUCAGAAUUAAAAAAUCAAUUUAAAAAUCAGCCCAUUGAAAAUAAGGUAGUCACUUUAUUGUUCGACGAAAUUAAUUUAGUUUCGGAAAUACACUACGAUCCCAAUACUGACAAAUUCGUCGGCGUUGCUGACGAUGGGGUGCAUCGACAACCGAAAGCAGCUAAAUCUGCUUUAGUUGCAAUGAUUUCCUGGAUUCAUAUGAAAGCUAAGCAACCAAUAGGUUAUUGGUUUCUUGGCAGUGAAGGUAAUUCAGAAAAAACGCAUGAUAUUAUGUUGUUAACAAUAGACGAAGUUUUCAAAGAAACAGGUUUAAUUGUAAAAGCUAUUAUUUGCGAUCAAGGGCCAAGAAAUCAGGGUAUUGUAACAAAAUGGGACAUCACUUCUAAGAAACCUUAUUUUGUACGCAAUCAACAUAAAAUAUUUAUAAUUUUUGAUCCUCCACAUCUAUUGAAAUCUCUUAGAAAUAAUUUAUUAACAAAAAUUUUGAAUUACAAUGGUGGUAAAAUAUCGUGGAAAGAAUUGGAAGCAGUUUUUAAAUUAAGCAAAGAAACAGAUUUAAAUUUACUUCCGAGAAUUACAGAGAAACAUUUUGAUUUAGGUAAUUUUAGUAAAAUGAGAGUUUCCUUAGCUUCACAAAUAUUCUCAGAAUCUAUGCACACUGCUUAUAAAGUUUAUAGAAAUUUCUUGCCCGACCGCUUUAACGAAACAUUUGAUGCCACUUUACCUUUCGUUUUAGACAUCGAUCGAUUAUUCGAUUCUUUAAACUCUUCUUUAAUAAGCCAACCAGCUUCUAAAAAAUUAAGAUAUGCCAUUACUGAAAAUUCAGAGCACAUUCUUUUUUUAAAAGAAAUGUCCCAAAAAUUGCAAACUGCUCGAUUUGAAGGGCGUCAACCAGCUUGUUUAAAAGGUUUGGUGCUUACGAUUCAUUCUGUUCUUCAAUUGUCGGAUGAUUUGCGUAAAUCAUACAAUAUUUCUUCUCUUUUAACCCGUAGGAUGAAUCAAGAUCCAUUAGAAAAUUUCUUUUCAACUAUAAGACAAGCACACGGUUGUUCAACAGAUCCUUCACCAAAGCAAUUUGAAAAUGCUUUUCGUCAACAAUUAAUUACUUAUUUGGGUAAAUUGUCAAAACUAUCUAAUUGCGAAGACGAUGAUAGUAAAAUGAUUCUUCAGUUGCGAAACAUUAAAAACAUUGAAAUGCAAGUGCCAUCAAAAAUUCCUCAAGUAGAAGUUAAUAUUUCAAACUAUGAAAAAAUAUUCACUGAAUCACAGGAAUUUACACAGUCCAGUGCAGCGUAUUACUGUUCGGGAUAUGUUGCUAAACUGUUUUUUUCUCAACACUCUUGUGAUUUAUGCAUAAACAUUAUAAAACAAUCAGAUAAUGAUAUUUAUAAAGAUUAUCAAGUUUUUACACAUUUAAAGUCGUACAGUGAUACACAAGGCUUAAUUUUUGUCAAGGAAAGCAUUUUUCAAUGUUUUCUCGAGUGGGAGGAAAAAUUUAAGAGUAUAAUUAAAGCUAAUUAUCAUUUGAAAAACAUUUCUCUAAUUCUGUCAUGUAUUCUAAAACACAGUUGUUCUUCUAUAAACCUUUGCACAACUGAAACUUCUGAAACUUUUUUAAAAAUAUUUCUUCGGGUAAGAUGCCAUUGGGAAGCUCGGUUUAUAAGACGCGCUUUAAGUUUAAUAAAAAAAAGAAAGUCGUGUCCUGAAGGUAAUUUAAUAGAUAAAGAUUUUAAAAAGAUGUCACGAUUUAUAGGAAAAAUUUAUUAAAUCAUACUCUGUCAUAAAAAACGUGCUGUAAUCGGUUAAAAUAACGAAAUUUUAUAAUAUUACUAUAUUUUAAAACAUGUUAAAACUACGAAAAGAUUUAUGUAAAAAAUGUUUUAAUUAUAAGCCUUGAUAACAAACAGCAGUUUGUAUGAGAUCUCGUUUAUAUAUUAAAUGAAAUUUAUAUAUUUAA